AAUAGGGGAAAUCUGGGCUGAUUAAGACAGCUUGAUGUUACAGUUUGUCGUAAAAGAGAGUUUAAGCAAAUCCGCAAAAACUUAAUUUUCUCGAUAAUUUAUCCCUGGUGUCCCCUAUAAUUUUCCCCGUGAGAAAUGUAGGGGAGAGUGGCUUAGUUUCGCACAUAAUUAUGUUCCAUGACUUCUAUUUUUAAGGAAAAUUCUACGAUGAAAGAUUUACUUAUACAGCACCAAGACUCAGAAUUAAGUACAAAUCACGCUGUUCUUAAAAUCAAUUUUCUGUUCUUAAUUUUGAGAACAGUUUUUUUUUAUAUCAAGUAGAAAUUUUUAAGGUUAAAUUUAGUAGAUUCAGUCCAUUGCAACGUUCAGUGCUACCAUACGAAAUACGAAAAGACAAAUUCAGAGAAGAUAGGUAACUUCCGAACGCAUCAUUCUUCGAAUAUUGCAAUUUUCGGAUUCCUCAGAGAAAAAUCUUAAAUAUUAAACAUAAUUUCUUUUAACAUAACCUAACCUUAAUCCUACUUUUAAAUCUACUUUAAAGAAAAAAUGCGAUAUACGAAGGUUCGACUGUCUGGAAACUGACCAUUUUCUUUUAUUCAUUUACUAACUUGGGUGACUGCAACGUCCCUUUAAGACACCGGAUCUCUUGUAAGAACCUUCCUCAAUUCUAGUGACUCCCCGUUAUCUUGCUCUAGACACAGCUGCCGUAAAGUUCGUUCUACCCGAAGCUACUUGCAAGUUCCUUGAAGCUCUCGUACUAACUUUCCCCAGGCCUAGUGACUCUCCGUAAUUUCCCUCUAGACACAGCUGUCGUAAAGUCCGUUCUACGCGAAGCUUCUUGCAAGUUCCUUAGGCCUCUCGUACUAACCUUUCUCAGUACUAGUGACUGCGUUCUAUUCUACGCUUCUUACAAGUUUUCGUAACAAUCUCGCUUUUACGGGGAGGAGUUGUUAACCUUGUUAACCCUUCUUUAGAAAGAUUAGAUCCCUUGUUUGUUACCCCUUGAUUCUUAUUUUUUCAAUAGCUCUGUUACGUAUACGCUUUUUUGUAGAUGGAGUCUUUCUUUCCGCAUAAAGUUAAGGUAUGGUGGUUUGCUAUCAAACCUUAUUCUACUGUUAAAAAUUUUCAACGUACAAGAUGUUUUCGUAAAUUGUACAGUCUAUUCGACACAUGUCAGCCCAGUCGAGGGCCAAACCUACUUAUCUUAACCUCAUUUGAAGCGCCUAAUGCCCUGGACACACUUACAACUAAAGUCCAGAGACGACUAAGCUAGUUCAUAGCCAAGUUAGUUCCUGACACACUACAAACGAGGCUUAACAUUUUUUGGCACUCACAAAAUAUAACUUUCCUGGGUUUUUAUGUAGAUAUUUCUACUGAAAUGCACUAAUACUCCUCUGAAAAUGAAACUAUUUGUAAAUUCACGUCUCAGUACACGUCCAAUGAUUAUUAUUAAUUACAAUUAAUUGUGAAGUACUAGUGCGUUUCAGUAGAAAUAUCUGCAUAAAAACCCACGAAAGUUAUGUUUUGUGAGUGCCGGAAAAUGUUAAGCCUCGUUUGUAGUGUGUCAGGAACUGACUUGGCUAUGAACGAGCUUAGUCGUCUCUGGACUUUAGUCGUAAGUGUGUCCAGGACAUAACCUUCACCAUGCUUAUAUGCUGAAGACUGUUACAGGGUGCUCUUUUUGUUCAUGGCAAUUAACACCUGUAUUUCGGUGAGUGAGUAUCAGGCGCUGUGGUGGACAGUUGACUCUAAAGUAGUCGAAAUAAAGAUAGCACCUUCAGUUUAAAAGAAAGAAAGAAAACCAGAAUUCAUUGAGAGACAAAUACCACCAAAAACCAAAAAAGUGUUUUCAUCUUAGGGUGACUAACAUUUUCACUGGCAAUCAGACAUCCUUCUAAAUAGCACCUUCAGUUCUCUAUUUCUCAUAUGGAAGUUAUAAUAUUAUUUAAGUGAGUCCCAUCUGGGCUUACAAAGUCAGAAGUGGGAUCUCCACAUCCCCAAUAGAGCUUUUAAGAGAAAAGAGUGCAAAUAAAGAUCAAUAGAAUCAGAACAUUUUCCUAUUUGGCAUCAACCUAUACCCUAAAUGGUAAGAGAUAUCAACUUCUGGUCGUGACUCGCUUUUAUAUAAAUCAACAUCAGACAGUAUUAGACAGUGGGAUGUUAUAGCUUCUCUUAGAAGGAAUAUUAAAGAAGCCUCUAUUUAUUCCAAAAUUGCACUCCCCUUCCUAUUUAUUUUAGUAUUUGUCAGCACGAUGCAAACAUUUUAAGACAAAUUACAUGCAAUGAAAAAUUUCAUUUACUGGCUAAUCUGCCCCGGGCUUCUCUAUCUCUGGAAGUUUUCUUCAGUCCGCUUUACUGUCCCUUCUAACUAAAACCAUGUUUUCUAGUUUAUUUCUAGACCGUCUUUGAAGUUAAAAGCAGUCCAGGCGGAUUCUAUUUCCUAUAUUAUUUUUUUUUUAUUUUUUUAAAGUUAAACUGCUCUAGAGGGAUUAUUUCUCUACCGAUUUGGUCAAGAUUGAUUUUAUUUGAAAGGUCUUGAAAUUUCCAACUUAAAUAUAUCGAUUAAAAUCGGUAAUGAAUCAGUUCAGGAUCUAGGUUUCUUGAAUAUCAUUUUUUUUUAAUUUAUCAACAUUUUUUCCAGACCAGAGAGCAAUUUAAUUUUUAAAUAUUUAUUUAUAAUAUAAGAAAAGCUGCAAAAUUUCAUGAUAAACCUGAUAAACUGUCUUAAUAGUUUCGAAAUUGAAAAAAAAAAAAACAUAAAAAAUGUGCGAAAAAUCCCCACUCUUCUCUAUGCUCUUUUUAGUUUACUGCACGUUAGAUUGUAUUGUGUACUUGUUAGUUAUUCAAUUGUCUAUAUAAAUAUUGGCUAUUUGCUCAAAUACCGCUAUUUACAAUAUUGAUAUUUGGAAGAUUUGCGGAAAAUUCAGUGGGUUUUAGAGGGAAAUCUCACGUUAACUUAUAAGCACUCCUUAUCAACGAGAGGAAAAAAAUUGUGUGAGGAGUUUGUCUCAAAAUGAAGUCCUUAAGAGGAAUAAAACAUCUCAAUAGUUCUUAAGCAUAUAAUCAAUAAAUAGUUGAUGUAAUAAAGGAUAAUUAUAUUAUGUGUUGGGUUUUUAUUGUUGUCUAAAUUGCAGGUGUUUCAAGUUUUUGAAGAAAGGAGGAUACUUGAAUGAAUAGAGAGUGUGAAGAGGCGUGAAGAGGGUGAAUGAAGUGAAGAUAGAAGAUGAGCAAAUGUGAGCAAAAUGUAAAUGAUUCUGGGGAGGCGCCAUCCGUUGGGAUUGUGAGGAAAAAGUGUGACGUUGAGAACUCGCGCUUUUCCCAAAAUGAAAAUUUGCUCUGUCGGCCAAUCUUCGUCCAAAAAUGCGACCAAUUCCCUGCCUCCGGGACUCAGGAGGUUUCUCCUGGUGAAGGGCACACACUGUGUGUCUUGUAUAGUUGUCUCUGUCCAAUGCAUGAGGGAUGAAUGGGGAAGGGCCACCCAAUGGAGCGGGAUGGCUAGUGAUGAGAAUCUCUUUUUUUUGGGAAAUGGAGUGUCUCCCUGACACGCAUGUGUAUGCGUCUCGACGUUCAUGCGCACGGGCUCCAUCCGCCCAGAGCGACUACUCGGUUAGAGGCAUUCGGUGGAUGUUCGGGUGGGUUAGCUGGUGAAAAAGCAACAACAACGCUGACUGGCCAUCAUUAUUGGGAAAAGCGAAGAACGAAAAAUUUUCCACCAUACAAAUCGCGACAAUCGACGGUGUGUGUGCUUUCUUCUCCCGGAGCCCCAAGUUGGAGAACACCUAGUGUGUGUGCGAGGUGGAUAAGCUCUGGGGUUGAAUCUCUCUGCCCUCGCAGAAAGGUGGACACAAAAUAGAAAUCUUUUUUUUUCUCUUGAAGUGUUGCGCCCCCCAAAAAGUGUGUGAAGAAAGAAAGAAAAAAACGUCGCUCCUCUCGCAAAACGCACUUUUUUUUCGCAUCAUCCCCCCCUCGGAAAAGUGCUCCAUAUACAAAACGCUGCGGGUUUUUCUUCUGGUCUGUAAAAAUUUUCCCUGAAUUUUUGGGUUCGUUGGGGUUGAAAGAGAAAGAAGAAGAGAAAAAAAACCAAGUGGCCAGGAGUUUGCCAAAUGAGUUUUGGGGAAUUUUCCGCGGAGGGUGCGUGAAGAGAGAGAGAAAAAGCGAAAAAAGGUGUUUCCCGUGAAAAGUGAAAAUUCCCACACGGAGCUCAGAGUGAAGUGUGAGGUGGUUUUCAGGAUAAAACAAAAAAAAUUGAUGAAAUUGCAAAGUGUCCGGGAAUUGAGAUCUCCUUGAAAAGGCAGGAGCUUCGAGGGAAAAAAUACCCCCCAAAGAGAAAAAAGUCGAAAGGGUUGUUUUGCAGAGAGGCUGAAAAGCUCCCCACCCAAAAAAAAGAGAUAAGUAAAAGCUCACGCGAGGAAGAAAAGUAGAAGUAAGAAAAAAAGAAACGAGAAGUAAGGAAGCAAAAGAAAAGUCAUGGAUUAGACUGGAAGAAAGUCGAGAUAAAAGGUGGUCCAAGGAGAUUCAAAGCAGAGAGAGAGAGAGUGUGAGGGGAUUCUUGGGAAUAAGCGACGAUCUGGAGGUGUUGCCCCAAAAGAGCAUUUCAAAAGUGCGUGCGGGAAGAAAAUGGAUGAUGAUGCCGUGUCGAGUCCGCACUUGAUUGGAGUCGCGUGAGCCUCGAGGACCGGCAGAAUCGUGAACACACCAAAGAUACCACAAAAUGGCGGAUGGUGGACACUCAUUUGGGAAGAAGACAUUUCACAAGCCAACCUACUGUCAUCACUGUUCAGAUCUUCUCUGGGGGCUAAUUGGACAAGGCUACAUUUGCGAAGUGUGCAAUUUUAUUGUGCAUGAGAGAUGUGUGACAAACGUGGUGACGCCUUGUUCAGGAAUAGCCCCCAGCAUCAUCAAGAAUCCCGUCGCCCAUUGCUGGUCCGAGCCGACACAUCACAAGAGGAAAUUCUGCACGGUGUGUCGGAAGCGACUUGACGAAACUCCCGCCGUGCACUGCAUGAUCUGUGAGUACUUUGCUCAUGUGGAGUGUCAGGAUUUUGCUGUGGCUGAUUGCAAGGAGAACGCCACGUAUGUCCCUGGCAAGGAUUUAGCGUCUGUGAAGCAUCAGCAUCACUGGCGAGAGGGUAACUUGCCGCAGACAUCCAAGUGUUACCACUGCAAGAAGUCCUGCUUCUCUUCCGAGUGUCUCACAGGCUACCGAUGCGAAUGGUGCGGUGCAACGUGUCACGGUGGCUGUCGCAGUCAAGUGAAUCCCGAGUGCAAAUUCGGUGUCCUCGAGCCAAUCUAUUUACCGCCACAUGCUGUUUCUAUACCUCGUACUGAAGUGCCAAUGGAAGCUAUUAUUGGUGUCCAAGUUAAAUCAAGAAGUACACCACUGCAGAGAGAUUAUUCCUGUCCUGAGUUGAGAACAAUAGGCCUCUGUGAUGCCACGGACAGUGAAUUGUCGAUAAGGCAUCUCGAUAUAAAUGCCAAGGAUGCGAUAAAGCAAAUGUACCUCCUGCCCUCACCAUCAGCGUCGGCGGGAGGCUUCCAUGGGGAUCCCAAGAAUCGGAGUUGGCCAAAGAUUGGGGGUGGUGGCGACCCAAGAUCCGAUCAUCUUGGGGAUAAUCGUGAUAUUUUAGAUAUUGAUAACUGUGAGGAGCACAGUGACUUUACUAGCUGUAAUUUAGACGUAGUCCGGACAGACAAACGUGCACAUAGUGCUGAGAGUGUCAAGAUGGUUAAGAGUGCCAAAAAUCGCCAUCGGAUGGAUCGCCUGAAGGCGUCAGAUACGGUAACGCGGAGUAGAUCAUUUCAGGAGCAGGGUGUCCAGCCGCCAUUUCUCAAGAAUUCCCGCUUCUUCGUCAAUCGCCUUGGGCAGUCGAUUGAGACCAUCUCACACAGCACCGAACUGCCCAUCUAUCCAGACACCACCAUCCCCAUCAAGACGUCCCAGAGUUCGGAUAUUCGCAUUGAGAUUGGACACUAUGGCGAUGAGAGAUGUACAUCACCAAGCAUUCUGCCCUACCAGACUCAAGAUCAGGGCGUUAAGAGUGGACACAUUUUGGGGCGAAUUUUUCGGCGUAUGCGAAAAAUCUCCCUGGCGUGGAGAAAGUCAAGAUGUAAAAUUCACAGAGCGCGAAGCAUUUCUGAAGAAUUUAGCAGUGGAGACGCUACCCGAUUUCGCGAUGAGGAAUACACAUCGAAGCCUGAAGGUGCCUGUGCCUCAGGAAGUCAUCCAAGAGCAGAGUCGGCGCACAAGUCCGAUAAGGACAAGGAGAGGAGGGACAAGGAGAAGGAGGAUAAGGAUGAAGAAACUAUCAAAGUAUUUGAUGGAAAUUCCUCAGUGCGACGACGAAUAUUCCGAGCAAUUACAAUUUCACGAACAUGUACUUUAGAUCAAUUACUAACAACAGCACUUCGUGCAUUCCACAUUGCACGAAAUCCUAGUGAAUUCUACUUGACGGAUUUGUAUGCUCCUGGCGGGGAAGAAGUUCGUCUGCAGGAUCCCCAUCCAGUUCUAGUACUUACUCGAAUUGAGGGAAAACGACCAGCAAUUUUCCUGAGAUUUCGUGACAAUGAAAAUGACAAGGGCUUCGUGCGAGUAUAUCCGGGAAAAUUGCAAUUGGACGAUAUUGAGCAGAAUUUUGUGGCAGUACCCGUGGACAAUGAUACCACUGUGCGCGAUCUCAUUCGCGAUGCCCUCAAUCAGUUCACACUUGAGGGUCGCAAUGUGGAUGAGUAUCGAUGCCUGGAGGUAUUACUGGACAGGGGUGUCACCGAGAGGAUUUUGUGCAACAAUGAGAGACCAUGGGAGAUUAUGAAACAGCUGGGCAGGGACUCAAUUCGUCAGAUGGAACUCAUGAGGUUCUAUCUGCAGCACAAACAGGAUCCACAUGGUCCGAAUUUGGCACUAUUCGUCGGUAAUCUACCUCCAGGACUCUCCCAGAGAAAUUAUGAGCACAUGCUUAACAAUUAUGUACAUGAGGACAAAUUUACCAGCAUUGGUCCUAUUUACUAUGAAUAUGGAUCUGUUGUGAUAACGUAUGAAGACGCUUCGAAGGCGGUUCGUGCUUUUUAUACACUGCGUGAGGCAAUCUGCGAGGGGAAGAAUCUUCUAGUGCUUCUGUUGCCAAACAUCGAACCGAGCAUGGUGCGUCCGGACACGUGGCCACUGCUUGUUUUUGUCAACGUCAAAUCCGGCGGAUGUCAGGGUCUCGAAUUAAUUUCAAGCUUCCGCAAACUCUUGAAUCCCUAUCAAGUGUUUGAUCUCGACAAUGGUGGACCACUUCCAGGACUCUACGUCUUUCGGCACAUUAAGACCUACAAGAUUCUCGUGUGCGGUGGCGAUGGAACAAUCGGAUGGGUAUUGCAGUGUCUGGAUAAUGUUGGUCAAGAUUCCGAAUGUUCGAGUCCACCAUGUGCUAUUGUACCACUCGGAACUGGGAAUGACUUGGCGCGGGUCCUUCGAUGGGGACCGGGCUACACGGGCGGCGAAGAUCCCCUCAAUCUCCUACGCGAUGUAAUCGAAGCGGAAGAGAUUCGAUUAGAUCGUUGGACAGUGGUCUUCCAUCCGGAAGAUAAGCCCGAGGACGCCGCGCAAAAAGCGCCAUCAAAUUCAACGGGUAAGAAGAAGAAGAAGGUCCACACAGCACAGCCUUCUCAACAGAAUCAGCAACUUCAUCUUGCGGCCAUUGCAAAUCAAGGUGGAGGAGCUCAGAGUGAGGACAAUUCGCAGAUCUUUGUGAUGAACAACUAUUUUGGGAUUGGAAUUGAUGCGGAUCUCUGUUUGGACUUCCACAAUGCACGAGAGGAGAAUCCCAACAAGUUCAAUUCGCGCCUUCACAACAAAGGUGUCUACGUGAAGAUGGGCUUGAGAAAGAUGGUCGGUCGGAAAAUUGUCAAAGAGCUCCACAAGGAGAUUCGAUUGGAAGUUGAUGGGAAAGUGGUUGAAUUGCCGCAAGUCGAGGGGAUCAUCAUCUUGAACAUCUUAAGUUGGGGAUCAGGAGCCAAUCCAUGGGGUCCUGAGAAAGAAGAUCAGUUCAGUAAGCCAAAUCACUGGGACGGAAUGUUGGAGAUUGUUGGAGUUACAGGAGUUGUGCAUUUAGGCCAAAUUCAAUCUGGCCUUAGGUCUGCGAUUCGUAUAGCACAGGGUGGCCAUAUAAAAAUCCACAUGUACUCUGAGAUUCCAGUUCAAGUGGAUGGUGAACCCUGGGUUCAGAGUCCCGGUGAUGUGGUUGUCCUCAAGUCAGCACUCAAGGCGACCAUGUUGAAGAAGUGCAAGGGGAAGAUGAAGCGUCGCAACACGGAACCUACAAUGGCCCUGGGUCCUUCAACACCCGCCAUGUCUCUGGCUGUAGCACCACAGGAGAAUGACGAGAACAAUGAGACGGAUUUCUGAAUUUGGUACAACGAGCGACUUAUUUAACGUGCAUUCAAUGAUUGGCAGGAGAAAGCGUAUUGGAAGCUUCGGGAAGCUUUAGACCAGUUUUUAAGUUUUUGUUUUUUUUUUUGUAGACAUAAAAAAACAUGAUAAAUGGGGUUAUUUAACGACAAUCACACCCCGCACAAAACCCACCAAAAAAUACGCAGAAAAGAAGAGUGAAAGGGAGUUAGAGAGACACAAUUAACACGGAAAAUGAUCACUGAAUAUCACUUUAUACCAGUGAGCUUUAUCCAAGUGCGCACCAUCUUUCGGGGAAUAGUUGAUUCAAAACAUUCCAAAAAGGCGACUUUCAUUGCAGGAUGCAAUGCAAUGGAAGGAUUCUUUGAGGAGGGAAUUUUCUUCUAUUUUAUUUUUUCUUUAAAUACAAGUAACAAUUCCUCGAAAGUUAAUUUUGUGGAUGUGACAGAGAAAUUUUCACUGGAAAAAUGACGUGAUUUUGUGGUGAUGGCAAUUUUUAACACGAAUUAACUUGGAAAAGAAAGGUUUUCCACACACAAUUUCACCCACCUUCUAUUUCCUCUCUCUCUCGCGGAAAAUUAAAGAAAAAUAAAACACAUUUAGAGAGAGGAAUUAAUGCUUAAAGGACAAAAAAAAAGAAAAAUUCCAGUCAUUGGACUGCAUGUUAAAAAAGUUGCUCUAAGACUUUUUUUGUUUUUCUCAAGUGUCACCAAAUUUUAAUUUUGAAAAAAAAAUGGAAACAAAGGAGAAAAAUUGUGUCAGACAUGAGGAAUUUACUGAAGAAUCUUCCUAAAAGAAUUAACACAAAAAAAAACUUUAUAACAAAAAGAAAACCAGAGAGAGUGAAAUACAAAUGAAAAAAAGUUAAAAAAAAAUAAUAAAGAAUUGAAUCUAUUUAUUGCAAAAAAAAAAGAGGAAAAAGAUACUUUAUUUUUUGUUGACACUAAAAGAAGAAAUAUUUUAUGAUAAAAGAAAUUAUUGUGUAUAGAGAGAGAUUAAAAAAAAAUUGAAGAGUGAAAGAUAUAGAGAAAAAAAUACUGAGAUCUCGAAACUAUAUUAAAGAAAAAUUAAAAGAAAAACAUUGAAUAAUGUUAUUAAAAUAUUUGUUGUAAUUUCUCAAAUUUAUUUUCAAAUUGUCGAAUAUUUAACUUAAAAAAAGGACACAGAAAGCCAGAAUUGUGUCAAAAGGACAAAUUGAAAAAUUAUUUUUUAAGAAUUUUUCUAAAAAGAAACAAAAUAGCAUCUAAUAAAAAAUAUAAUUUCCAUUUUCUUCCUGUUUGUAGUUAAACGCAAAAAAAAGUGAAAAAAACCACGAAAUCUACUCAAAAAAAAAAUGAAUUAAUUCAAUCUCAAAUGAAAAAAGAAAUUCAUUACGCUUAGAAAUCGUUGAAAAGAGAGUUUGAAAAAAAAGAAUAAACAAGGUAAAAUGAAAGUGAAUAACGUCCCACAGAAUAUAUUUGAUAAAAACAAGAAAAAAAAGAAUAAUUUAUUAAAUAUAAUUUUUUUGUAGUAAGAAAAAGAAUAAUUUUACCUUUUUUUUGCUCUUUUUCUAUUUAUCAAUUAAUUAAAGUAUAAAUUGCAAUUAUUUUUAAGGAAAAUCUUUUUGAAGAGGUUAAAAAACCAAAAAUUUUUUAAGAAAAUUAAAAAAAAAACCAUUAACUUGACACUUUGUAUUGUUAAUAAAAUGUAAUUUAUAAACACUGUAAUGAUAAAAUUACGUUUUAUGUAUGGUAUUUUACCAAAAAAAAAAAAAUUUAAGAAAAAAAAGAUCAUCAAGAGAGAUUGCACAAAAAUAGAGAAAGCAAAUAUAGAAAAGGGAAAAUAAGAUUCCAACCAUCAGAAAAAAAACCAACAAACCAAGCAAAAAAAAGCGUCGAAAAAGAGUGGACAAUGAAGCAAAACCAAAUGAGAUACCCAAUUUUUAGCGAAAAAGAAUCAAUUCAAUCAAAUUGUUCAAAUACAAGUCAUUAAAAAAAAAUAAACUAGUGAAAAAAAACUGUCAUAGGAUAGAGGAAAUGGAGAUAAAAAAGAAGUCGUACAUUUAAAUAAUGUAAUUCAUGUUUGAUUGCACUUUAAGAAAAACAAAAAUUACUGUAAAAGGAACAAAAUAUAAUAUUAAAAUUAAAGAAAAAAAAUAGUGAAAUCUACCCCCAACUCCAAAGAAAAAAAAAGUGAAGAAACCGAAGAAAAAAACUGUAUAUUUAAAUAGGAAAAUGUAUAAAAAGGAUUAUUUCCAUAGCAAGACAAACAAACUCCUUAAAACUAUUUCAAUCUGCUGAGGAAUUUCGUUAAGGAUUAGCAUUUUGAAGGGAGUUCAGCCAAUUGGAAGCAAGUAAUCUUCCGCCAUGAUGGAACUACUUGGUUCUUAUUGGCUGAGACGUAUUCCCCUGCAACUAGUUGUUUGAAACUUUGGAUUUCAGUCUAGUAUGAUACUUGGCGAAGGAUUCUAUGCUGUUUAAAUGUAAUGGAUUAUCAAGUAACGAUCUUUCUUUGAUAACUUAUUGCAUUUAGCAAUGUUGGAACCUUCAUAUUCGUCUCAUAAUCCAGAAAAAAGAACCAUUAGUUUCAUGUAGUUGCACGAAACUGAACGAAAAUUUGAUUAUGAUUGCAAUGAGACUCGUAGAAGAUUUUGUGAAAUUUCAAAUGUGAUAACUUAUCGCAUUUAUCAAUGUUGGAAGCUUCAUAUUCGUCUCAAAAUCCAAGAAACCAUCAGUUUCAUGAAGAUGCAUUUUGAAUGAACUUCAGCCAAUUGGAAGCAAGUGAUCUUCCGCCAUGUUGGAACUACUUGGUUCCUAUUAGCUGAGGCGUAUUCCCCUGCAACUAGUUGCAUGAAACUUAACGAAAAUUUGGAUUUCAGUCCAAUAUGACACUGGUGAAGCAUUCUAUGCAGUUUAAAUGUGAUGGCUUAUCAAGUAACGAUCUUUCUUUGAUAAUUUAUUGCAUUUAGCAAUGUUGGAACCUUCAUAUUCGUCUCAUAAUCCAGAAAAAAACCAUCAGUUUCAUGUAAUAGGACGAAACUGAACGAAAAUUUGAUUAUGAUUGCAAUGAGACUCGUAGAAGAUUCUAUGAAGUUUCAAAUGAGAUAAUUUAUCACAUUUAGCAAUGUUGGAACCUUCAUCUUCGUCUCAAAAUCCAAGAAACCAUCAGUUUCAUGAAGAUGCAUUUUGAAUGAACUUCAGCCAAUCUGAAUCCAAGGAUCUUCCGCCAUGUUGGAACUACUUGGUUCCUAUUGGCUGAGGCGUAUUUCACUGCAACUAUUUGUAUGAAACUUAACGAAAAUUUGGGUUUCAGUCCAAUAUGAGAUUGAUAGAGGAUUCUGUUAGGGUUUAAAUGUAAUGGCUUAUCAAGUAACGAUCUUUCUUUGGUAAUUUAUUGCAUUUAGCAAUGUUUGAACCUUCAUCUUCUCAGAAUGGACGAAAACAGCCAGUUUCAUAUCGUUAAGUUGCAUUUUGAACAGACUCCAGCAAAUUGGAGGCCAAGGACCUUCCGCCGUGUUGGAAGUACUUGUUUCCUAUUGCGUGAUGUGUUUUACGAUAAGACAAAUUGCAAGAAACUUAACGAAAAUUUGGAUAUGAAACCAAUUAAAUUGAUGGAAGACUUCAAUCCAAUAUGACACUGGUGGAAGAUUCUAUCAAGUUUUAAAUGUGGUAGCUUAUCAACUAACGAUCUUUCUUUGAUAACAUCGCAUUUAGCAAUGUUGGAACCUUUAUCUUCGUCUCAAAAUCAAAGAAAACAUCAAUAUCAUGUGGAAUAUGAUUGCAAUGAGACUCGUAGAAAUUUCUAUGAAGCUUUCAAUGUGAUAGCUUAUCAAGAAAUGAUGUUUCUUUGAUAAUUUAUCGCAUUUAGCAAUGUUUCAAUCUUCAUCUUCGUCUCAGAAUGGACGAAAACAGCCAGUUUCAGAUCGUUAAGUUGCAUAUUGCAAAGACUCCAGCAAAUUUGAGGCCAAGGACCUUCCGCCAUAUUGGAAAUUCUAAUUUUUUUAUUGGCUGAUGCGUUUUGCUAUGAAACUAAUUGCGGGAAACUUAACGAAAAUUUGGAUAUGAAACCCAAUGAUACUGCUGGAAAAUUUCAAUCCAAUAUGAGAGUGGUGGAAGAUUCUUUGAAAUUUUAAAUAUGAUAGCUUAUCAAGAAAUGAUGUUUCUUUGAAUAUUUAUCGCAGUUAGAAAUGCUUGAACCUUCAUCUUCGUCUCAGAAUUGACGAAAACAGCAAGUUUCAUUUCGUUAAGUUGCAUUUUGAACAAAGUUCAGCCCAUCAGAAGUUAAUAACCUUCAGCCAUGUUGGAACUAUUUGGUUCUCAAUGCCCGAUGCGUUGGAUUUCAGUCCAAAUUUGGAUUUCAUUCCAAUAUGAGACUGGCAAAGUAUUCUGUGAAGUCUUAAAAUUGAUACCUUAUCAACAAACAAUUUUUCUUUGAUAACUUAUCGCAUUUAGCGAUGUUUCAUGUACUCAAAAAUUUCAUGUAGCCCAGUUGCAUUUUGAACAAACUUCAAUUGGAAGCCAAAGACCUUAACGAAAAAUUAUAUUUGGAUCCAAUGAAACUGGAGGAAGAUUCUAUGAAGUUUUAAAUGUGAUAGCUUAUCAACUAUCGGUUUUUCUUUGAUAAAUUACCGCAUUUAGCAACGCUGGAAACUUCAUCUUUGUUUCAAAAUCUGAGAAAACAUUUCUUGUAGUUGCCCAAAACUGAUAGAAAAUUUGGAAAUGGAACCAUUGAAAAUUAUGGAUGCAAUGAUGUUUCUUUGAUAAUUUAUCGCAUUUAGCAAUGUUGGAACCUUCAUCUUUGUCUCAGAAUGGACGUAAACAGCCAGUUUCAUAUCGUUAAGUUGCAUAUUGAACAGACUCCAGCAAAUUAGAGGCCAAGGACCUUCCGCCGUGUUGGGAGUACUUGUUUCCUAUUGCGUGAUGUGUUUUGCCAUAAAACUAAUUGCGGGAAACUUAACGAAAAUUUGGAUAUGAAACCAAUGAAACAGAUGAAAGAUUUUAAUCGAAUAUGAGACUGGUGGAAGAUUCUAUCAAGUUUUAAAUGUGAUAGCCUAUCAACUAACGAUCUUUCUUUCAUAACUUAUCGCAUUUAGCAAUGUUGGAACCUUCAUCUUCGUCUCAGAAUUUACGAAAACUUCAUGUCGUUAAGUUCAACAAUUUGGAAACCAAAGACCUUCCGCCAUGUUGAAACUGCUUGAUUCCUAUUGGCUGAUGCGUAUUCCCCUGCAACUAGUUCCAUGAAACUGAACGAAAAUUUAGUUUUCAGUGAAACUAAUGAAGAAUUGACGAAAAGAUCGAAUUCCAUGAAGUUGCAGGCAACUUUCAAAUGCAACCUCCUCAAAAUUCCUUUGCUAAAGAGAAUAUUUAAAGAAAAAGAACUAAUCCAUUCUAGCCAGAAAGUAAAUAGUAAAUUAAAAAAAAAAGAAAUUAGGUAACACAAGAAUUUUUAUGAUGAACCAUCUCUUUUUCGUUGAAAGCAUUUUUUAUACUCAAAAUGAAGAAAGAAAUGAAACACCGAUAAGUGAAAAAUAAUGAAACUUUUUCUAUAUUUGAGGAAUAAUUUUUUGAACUAUUGUUUUUAAUAUAAAAACCUUCAGUAUUUUCAAUAGAAAAGCAAAAAAAAAAACUAAAACAUAAAAUACAAAACACGAUUGAGGACAGAGUGAAAGAAUUUUAAUGCGAAGGUAAACUUCAAAUGAAAAAAAAGGGUAUUAGAGAGUUUGCAGAGAAGAUUGAAGAAAAAAAACGACCAAAAAUGUUUUUAAUACACUAUAGUGUUUAUAAGUAAAAAAAAAUGGAACCUUUAAAAGUGAAUUUAUUGAUAUAAUACCUCAAAGAAAAACAACCAACUCAACUGAGACGAAUUCUGUGAGGAAGUUUCCCUGCAUUUAAUGCAAGUUUUUUUUUCAUUCAAAUUACUUUUUCUUUUUGAUAAAAUAAAAAUUGAUAAUGUGAAAAUUGCUAUUAAAAAAAAGGAUGAAAUGUUAUGAGAACGUUUAUUGAUCGUGCGGAAAAGUUGCCAAAAUUAAAUUAAUAUUAAAAAAAAACUUGAAGAAGAUUUGCUGUGAAAAGGAAAAUUCUGCUAAAAAUAUUUGUAAGGAUUGAAGGAUUUAUGGAGUGUUGGGAAAGUAUUUUAAAAGUGAAUUUAAAAAAAAAAUAUGUACCAUUGAGGAUUUGCAGUUACUGGGGCACGAAAAUAUAACGUUCUCUAAUUCAUCCUUCAAGGGACAGUUCAAGCAAAGAUAUUAAGGUAAUUUGAUGUGGCUUCCCUGAAGAGAACCUUCUCUUCGGGUGACAAAACUCACAAAUCCUGGGAUGAUCACUGAAUGGGAGUAUUACCAUCAGCCACAAGAGAAAUGAGUGAAAUCCCAGGAUAUCCACUGACUCCCGGACGAUCAAUGUCACAUAAACCAAAGCAGAUCCUAAUGAUUCUUUUUGGUGAGGAGUUUCUUGAGAGAUUCCUGGGGCACAUUGAGUGUUCAUUUGAGGUGAAUGGACAGAAGAAUUUGUGGCUCAGUAAUUUAGAUUGAAGACUCCUUCCAAUUUAAGGAUCAUUGGGACAUAUUUCUCCCUUGAAAUUUCAUUUGAGUUAGUUCUUCCAGAAUCACUUUCCCCUGCGAGAUCGCUUCCAGAGUCAGUGGAGACUUCUCCCAAAAAUGUUAAAUCUCAUCUUAAAUGCAUUUAAAACCCUGAGUUUGCUAAUCAUCCUCCUGGGCAAGAGGGAGACAUCCCAAUUGCCCCGGAGAUUCAUUACUAUCUCCUGAAUAUUUGCCACACUCGUGUUCCCGGAAUAUCACGAGGAAUUUGCUAUUGGGCAAGAAUCAUCCCAAGAGGCUUACAACCCGGACUUACGUAGGGGCUCAAUGAGACACACUGGAUUCCGGGCGUAUCCGUUCAUUCGCUCAGGCAAGGAUUAUGCCCCAGUGGAUUCAUCUCCCUGCCAAAUGCCAUCCUGCAGGAAACUCAACAUCUCCAGCAAAAAAUGCCACUGGGGUGGGGCUUAAUUUAGGUGAUAUCACCUAACAAUCCUCGCUCUAUCGACCGAUUUUGUAUCGAAUCCUUAAUCAUUACCCAAAUUUUAUAAUAAAUAAAUAAAAAAAACUACCCAAAACUUAAUGAUAAGCCCUUUUCCAAUUUUAGGGAUCUUCUUUGAUACAGGAGCGCGAUAUUGACACCAAUGUGUCUCAUAUACAUUUGUCCGGGUUGUGAUCACAAAUCCCCCUUUUCCCCCUUUAACCAAAAAACAAACAAACAAACACCUUUCGCGCCAAAAUCCUUCGACAAACCUCCAGAAAUCCAACAAUAAAAAUCUCAAGAAGGAAAGGCUCGAAGAUCUUAUCAUCUAUCUCAUCCACCUAUCCCCCCCCCCCCCCCUUCAAACAAAAAAUCCCCAAGAAAACAGCAAACACUUAGACAAAAAGAAUUUAAAAAAAAACCUUUGCUGAACGACCAUUUGAAUUAAAUUGAAGGAUUUUGAGGCAAAAGACGAGAGAGAGAGAGAAAA